AGUCAUACUGUGGCCAAACUCGAAACGAAUUGAAAGCUCCAUUUCAAAAGAAACGAAAGCUGCUCGAUCAGUUCAUUGUUAUCUCUUGUUCACGUACAGGCAACAGUCUCGAUUCUAGCUAAGAGGUAGAAGAUCCCAGAUAAGUUCUAUAAUAUUCUAUCAGCUUCAGGCUUCCCUUAUCGAUUUAUAAUUAUUUAACAUUGGUGAUAUACCGAUGAAGAACCAUAUGCAUGUAUGUAAUUCGAGCAGUGACGAUGAGAAGAUUAUAAUUAGUGAUGAGUCGUCAGGAUCAGUAUCAUCAAUAGAACCUUACUGCUGGUGGAGAUCGGCGGCAAAGUACGAUGAGUAUGUUAAGCUCCAAUUUGAGGGCGGCCUGCCAGACGUGUCAAGGCUGACAACAAGGAUGAGAGUGUUCAAAGAGUUGGAGAGAUUAGCUUUGGUUGCUAGUGGCUCUACUACUACUCGUGAAUAUCAUUAUCAUUACAGUGAAGGUGGUGUGAAUGAGCUCAGGCACAAGCUCCUCACGUAUCGAUCAGGAGAUUUCUGGAUGCCUAUUGGAGGAAUUAGUAAGGAGAAGAUGGACAUUCCACCAGUGGCCACAAUUCUCUUGGUCGGUUUCUCUGCUUCCGGCAAGAGCUCGCUUGUCAAUCUAAUGUAUAGUAUUUUGGGUCGCUCUGGACUCAUACCUUUUGCUCAAACAUCCUCCUCCUCAGGAAGUGGUAGAACCAAGCUUUUGAAAGAGCACAAUGUAGUGAGGUCUUUGCGUAGUGGGUUUUGCGUGUACGACUCAGGGGGAUUCGAUUACAAUGAAAUCAGUGAAACUAGUGUUGGUGAAGAAUUGUCAAGUUGGAUGAAUGAUGGGGUUCACCAGAACCAAGAAUGCUUAAGAUCGGGAGAUCUGGACGACGUCCCUCAUCAUGAUGGUGCAGGUGAUGAUACUCAUGAUAGGCAUGUCGAUUUUCGAACUAUGUCAAAUUAUAAAUGGUCUUCAAAGUUUGUGAGGAGAACAGUGAAUUCUGUUAUGGUGGUGGCUAACAUGGCAGAGAUCUACAAGGCAUUUAAAGCUGGUGAUUCUAAGCCAAUGGAGGCCACAAGACAGCUUUUCUGCUCAAGUGCAUUCCGAAAUUGCAAUGAUGAGAAGCCUAUCUUGAUCUUGACACAUGGUGACAUGUUAUCAACUGAAGAAAGGAUUGAAGGGCGGCUUAAAAUAUGUGAAUGUGUAGGUGUAUCAGAGACGACCGGAGUAUAUGACAUCGUGUGUCUUACCGAGUUUGGAUUUCUCGCAGAAGAAUCAGACCCGGUUUCAGCUUAUGCCCUCACAGAAGCAGUAUAUAGGGCAUUGCUCAUAUCGGACAGGACCCACUUACCGAAGAAAACACAUCAGGACUGGGCAUUGCUUGUAUUAUCCUGGAUUAUGUGCUUCAUCGCUUCUCUCUUUGCUCUCAUUGCUGAGAUUUGCUUCAAACUCGGAGGAGGUGGACGUCAGAGGGAUCGGCACAAGCUACUUCAUGGUAGCUAGUACUUAACUUAGAUAGCUACUGUACUUGUGUAAACUUUGAAGCUUAUUAUUCAUUAACUGAUAAUUAUUUGCCGCUAGUUAAUAUUAAUGGAACCGACUAGAAAUGGUCUUUGCUAAUCGGAUAUUUACCCUUUC